AUGAGUAUGACUUCCAGCGUACGAGUUGAAUGGAUCGCAGCAGUUACCACAGCUGCUGGGACAGCUGCAAUUGGUUAUCUAGCUUACAAAAGAUUUUAUGUUAAAGAUCAUCGCAACAAAUCUAUGGUAAACCCUCACAUACAGAAAGACAACCACAAGGUGGUACAUGCUUUUGACAUGGAGGAUUUGGGAGAUAAAGCUGUGUACUGCCGUUGUUGGAGGUCCAAAAAGUUUCCACUCUGUGAUGGAUCUCACACAAAACACAAUGAAGAAACUGGAGACAAUGUGGGACCUCUGAUCAUUAAGAAAAAAGAUACUUAAAUGGAUGCUUGAUGCUGCAAACCAACUUGUCAUGAUGUUUUCUGAUUGUUUAAUUAGAGUGACUACAACCUCUGUCUAAUUCACCUCCGUUCUAGAUGUGGUAUAUUGCAAACUACAGCUUUCAU